ACGCUCCAAAGAUCGCCCGGUGGCUCCGACCGGAGAGCAGCACAGCUUCUCGGUGCGGUUCAAGCGGGCCGAGGGCUACCCCGUGGACGUUUACUACCUGAUGGACCUGUCCUACUCCAUGAAGGACGACCUGGAGAAUGUCAAGAAGCUCGGCAAUGACCUGCUGGCUGCACUCAGGAACAUCACCAAGUCAGUGAAGAUUGGCUUCGGCUCCUUCGUGGACAAGACAGUCCUACCCUACGUCAGCACGGUGCCCGCCAAGCUGCGGAACCCCUGUCCCGACCGGUACGAGCAGUGUGACUCGCCCGUCAGCUUCCGCCACGUGCUGCCACUCACCGACAACGCCAGUGAGUUCGAGAGCCGCGUGAGCCAGCAGCGCAUCUCGGGCAACCUGGACACACCCGAGGGCGGCUUCGACGCCAUCAUGCAGGCGGCCGUGUGUGAGGAGCAGAUUGGCUGGCGGAAUGUGACACGCCUGCUGGUCUUCACGUCAGAUGACGUCUUCCACACAGCAGGGGAUGGCAAGCUGGGUGGCAUCUACCUCCCGAAUGACAACCAGUGCCACCUCGACACGGACGGCCUCUACAGCAAGAGCCACAUCUACGAUUACCCCUCGGUCGGGCACUUGGCCCAGGUGCUUUCAGCCUCUAACAUCCAGCCCAUCUUCGCUGUCACUGGCUCCACGCUGCCCGUGUACCAGGAGCUGAGCAGGCUGAUCCCCAAGUCGGUGGUGGGGGAGCUGAAGGAGGAUUCCAGCAACGUGGUGCAGCUCAUCUCUGAUGCCUACAAUAGCCUGUCGUCCACAGUGAACCUGGAGCACUUCCAGCUCCCGCCGGGCGUGAGCGUGGCCUACGAGUCGCACUGCGAGGAUGCCACCCGCUCCGUCGAGGGCCACAGUGGGGUCUGCUCCGGCGUCCGCAUCAACCAGCUGGUGAGUUUCACGGUGAUGGUGCAGGCUGACGCCUGCCUGGAGGGCCCACACAGCUUUGCGCUGCGGGUGCUGGGCUUCACCGAGGAGGUGCGUGUGGAGCUGCAGACGCUGUGUGAGUGCCCCUGCGACCAGCCUGAGCCCCACGCCACCCACUGCAGCGGGGGCCACGGUACCCUCACCUGCGGAGUCUGCAGCUGCAGCCCCGGCCGUGUGGGCAAGCUGUGUGAGUGCGAGUUGGCGGAGGUCAUGGACCUGGAGGCGGGGUGCCGGGGCGGGAACGGCACAGGGCCCAUGUGUAGCGGGAAGGGGCAGUGUGUGUGCGGGCAGUGCCAGUGCAACAGCAACGUGCGAGGGCAACACUGCGAGUGCGACGACACCAGCUGCGAGCGGCACAAUGGGCAGCUCUGUGCAGGCCAGGGUCGGUGCCAGUGUGGGAGUUGCUUCUGCAACGAGGGCUACACAGGCAGCGCCUGCGACUGCAGCCUGGACACCCGCGUGUGCCUGCAGGACGGUGUGGAGUGCAGCGGGCACGGGAGCUGCAUUUGCAACAAGUGCCAGUGCCAGCCGGGCUACUUCGACCGGCUCUGCAGCCGGUGCCCGAGCUGCCGGACCCCCUGCGAGGAGCAUCGGGACUGCGCUGACUGCCAGGCCUUCAGGAUGGGCCCGCUGAGCCAGAACUGCAGCGUCGCCUGCAACCACACCGUGGCCACGCUGGUGCCCGAGGCCACUGUGAACGAGCAGUGGUGCAAGGAGAAGACGGACGAUGGGCGGAUCCUGAUCUUCCUGAUCGAGGGCACGGAGGGGGGCAAAGUUCCCCUGAAGGUGAAAGACAAGGCCGCCGUCGCUGACCGGACCUCCAUGUUCGUGCUGGGCAUGGUCCUGGGCAUCGUGUUCAUCGGGCUGCUGAUCAUCAUCGGCUACCGCAUCUCGGUGGAGAUCCUGGACCGGCGGGAGUACAUGCGCUUCGUGAAGGAGCGGGAGCGGGCCAAGGGGAACGAGGUCAACAACCCGCUCUUCCAGAGUGCCACCACCACCGUCAUCAACCCCAGGUACAACGAGGACUGAGGCAGCGAUGGCCGCACCGGCGCCAGCCCAGCUACCAACGGCAUGGGCCCCCAGAUGCCACGCUCUCUACGGCAGCCCCCGCUCCCGAGCUUGACUGGAAGGGAAGGUGCAGGCAGAGGGUCCGCUGCUCAGCAGAAUCUCACACCGCUACACCCUGCCAAACAGGCCCAUGGGGAUGUGCCUUCUUGUGCUGCCAUUUGUUAUUGGAGGAGCAGGAUGCAGCCCUGGCUCCAUCCUGGGGCCCUUCCCAGCCCAAGGCCUCCCUGCUUAAGUAGGCCAACCCUGUCCUCCCAUCUCUUGGCAGGCCCUGCCCAGAGCCUGCUGCUUCUCUGCCCCCCAUAGUGUGUCCGUCAGCGACCCCCAGCGCCAGGAGAGCACAACCUGCUCCCCACACCCAGCAGAAGAGCUCUGGGCUAGCAGGAAGGGCUGGGCUAUGGAGGACCGAAGCCCUGCUUUUGGGGGCUUUGCUCCAGGCCACAAAGGGAGCACUGUAGGGCAGAGCAGAUCCAGGGGAAACUCAUGGCCAACCAUGGGGGCGGGAAGGAAAUUGGAGCAGGGCUCUUCAGCCGGGGCAGCUCUGUGUAUUUUGCCGCCCCAAGCACAGCAGUCAAGCGGCUUUUGGCAGUGUGCCUGCAGGAGAUCCGCCGGUCAAGCGCCUUCAGCUUACCCGCCACCGAAUUACUGCCGAAACCAC